CCGGGGAUCAAAAGCCACAGAAGCGGGCUGUGGGCUAAUUGACAUGGCCAUCUAUGCCGUGCAACUUAAUUAUUGGCCACGAUGCCCUGGAGAUCAGUGUACCUCCCCUUCAGCCGUACAUCACGAGCCAAAAACAGCGACACUGCCCCCAGGCGGACUACACUUCUUUUCUCCAUAAGCUAAUGGAGGCUAACCCAGCCAGCUACUAGCAAUUUCCAGUGAGCCUCAGUCUUCUUUGGAGAUGCGAGUACAAAAUUAAUCAUCCUGCCACGAGCUUAAAAAGAAUGGCCUUCAAUCAUUGUUGAUUCUCCCAGGGAUGGACACGAGCCCGUUACGUGAUCCUCAACUGUUGCCCUCCCUCAUGCUCCAGAUCCCGCCCCUGAAAUCAUCAGACAACCAAUUUGUCGACCUACUUGCGCCUGGAACUCUCUUUGGCGACUCCAACAGCUCCAGCGGCUCCAGCGAUUCCGACGAAUCUUUCGAAUCCGGCUUCCUUUAUUCAUAUAAAGGCUUCAAAGUCUCGGCAGUCUGGGGUAGUGCGCCCAGUUCUCCCCAAGCAUUUGAAAAAUUUCGCCACGAGAGGAUUGCCUCUCUGUACGAACAAGGCCAGCAGCCGACUCCUGAACAACUUUUUGACCCGGAGGCGGCGUGGGCAGUUACACGAGAGUCGUACCCUCCAUACCGGCCGGGGCGGACGACCAUAGAUGUUGAGUCAUCCUUCAGUCGAGAGUGGGAAACAGAUUCAGACUCUGCGAGCGACGAAGAUUCUGGGAGUGGUCGUUUGCUCAUAUCUCUCAAUAAUCUAUACUCCAGAAGUCGACUCGUACUACAGUGGCAAUUCCUCAACCACCUGACCAUAUCGAAAGACGAAACGCAGGGAAGCAAAUUUUCUCAGGAACUGCUGUGUGCUGUUGAUGAACGUUUGAAAGGUUAUUCGACGCCACUUGCUGCUCUUUCACUUACCAGCAGAUCGAGGGCUCGGGGAGACCAAAGCCCGGGAAGUUCUCCAGUACCUCGGUCAGAACUAGACGAGGGAGACGUUGAAGUCGUCAAAGUGACAGACUCAGAGUCGGAAGACAGGACAGAGUCUCCAGCGUCCACUCAUCAGACAUACUACGAAAGGUUGACGCAACGUGCGAGUCCUCCAACAAUCAAAUUUCCAGCCCAUACAAUGGCCACACCAACGACGUCUUAUGAUUCCAACCUCAACCAAGCAAACAUGUCUGACGAGCUUGACGAGACCGUUUUGGCCAACUGCUCAUUCGGAAGUCUGAUCGAUCGUAUCAAAUUGCUGGACUCGGAAAACAGAGCAUUGAAAGUGAAGAAUGCGGUGGCGGAGUCAACUGCGACGACCCUGCCUCAGCAGAAGCCUGCUAUGUGGGUGACAUUGUACAAUGUGUUUGGUUCCACGUGUAUUGGCGAGCCGGAUUGGAUCAAGGAUGAGCGAGGAAUUCCUGCUCUGAAGAAAAACCUUCCCUUGAAGGAUAAAGAACGGUAUCUCGACAGGCACCCUGAUAUAUGCUUUGUUCUCGUCAAAGAUUACUUAGGAGCCAAAAGUUCUUCACAAAAGAAAUCAACGACUGACGAAGAAGAGAUAAGUGGGCCACCUGAACCUACCAAACAGUGGAUAGAGAUCGAAACGGUAGAGAUGGUGGAAGCUCUAAUGGAAUUCAAGGACAAGGCCGGAGAUCUGUCCAAGCAAAUUCCCAAUUUUGAGCUGCACCAACCCAUAUAUGAACCUGAUUUGUUCUUUUAUCAUUGCUUGCUGGCAUUUGAUAGAAUUAUGGAGGAGCUAUCGCCGUCGCACCAAGCGUUGAUGAAACUCUUCCGAGAAUGCAUCGAGCAAAAUCACGGCGAAGAAUAUCGACGAGCAGGAGAGGAGUUUGAGAAAGGGACGGUUUCACGAAAGACCAUGAAGUACCUGGUGAGCCGUGAGGACGUGCUAGUCGGGCAGCGAGACCACCAAGCCGUGGCGUAUAUGGUGAGAGCACCCGGGGAAGUUCUCGACUCAAGCAGCAAAACCAGAGGCACGAAGCAAAGUUCUUCUGCUCCGCUAUCGUCAGAGGGAGAGAAAGAAACCGUAUCGUGGAACUUCAAAUGCUGGUCAUGGGACUUCGAUGGCAACUUCGAAAAAAGGAAGAGUUUACAGACUAUCAACCUGGUGAUUGCUGAGGAUGACGAGAAAGUUGAUAUUUCAAGUUUGAACCUCUAUCCGCUGAAGUAUGCAAGCGAAGAAACGAAAGAACUAUUGAAGCGACGAGGCAGCACCUUCUGGAAAUGCCGUGAUAAGCUCCUCGUCUCGUAUCAGGCAAGAAGCGAGGGACGUUUGCCGUUGACGGUGGAACGAUUCAUGAUUGACAUCUCAACGUACAAGACUUUGCACAAAGAUACUUCCUCGUAUACUAUGCCCUGCCGGGAUGACAUGGGUACUGAAGUAAUGGCACAACAAGAGCCUCCUGACGACAAUACACGUCUGCUGUUUCCUUCAAAAAUAAAGGGUUACCACAUGCGCCUCAAAAAAUGGAUGGAUCUUGAAGUUGAUCAAAUAUCAGAUGUUGUGUGGAACCCUCAAGCGUUCGAGAGCCUUGUCACGGAUGAGGAAUCCAAAGAGCUCAUCCAGGCUUUGGUCACCAAUCAACUAGAAGCCGAGAAAUCCACAGAUCUCAUUUCAGGCAAAGGCAACGGCUUGAUAAUUUUGCUUCAUGGGGGACCUGGCACUGGCAAGACCUUCACUGCAGAAACUGUAGCAGAGAUUGCUACAAAGCCGUUGUACCGUGUCACUUGUGGUGAUAUAGGCACGGAGCCGGUGGGCGUCGAGAAGUACCUGGAGUCUGUUCUUCACCUAGGAAAGAUAUGGGAUUGCGUUGUGCUCCUGGAUGAAGCGGACGUCUUCUUGGAGGAACGGAAUAUGGGAGACCUGCAGAGAAAUGCUCUAGUCUCUGUAUUUCUUCGUGUUCUCGAAUACUACGAUGGUAUUCUCAUUCUAACAUCCAACCGCGUGGGAACUUUCGACGAGGCUUUCAUGUCCCGCAUUCAACUUUCGCUUCACUACGAGAGUUUGAACUUCGAGCAGCGUCAACAAAUCUGGCGAAACUUUUUGCAGCGACUAAAGACGAUGCAUGAGCCGAACAUCGAUCACCAAAGCAUUGACAACCGCAUCAAUGAUCUCGCCCGGGAAGAGUUGAAUGGUCGUCAGAUUCGUAACGUCAUAACUACCGGGCGGCAACUGGCCCAGUACAGGGGUAAGGAGUUCGGAUAUGAACACUUGAGACAUGUUAUUAAGAUAGCAACCAAGUUUGAUAAUUAUCUCAAGGGAAUGAGCAAAGGAAUGACGGGUGAUCAGGUUGCCAAGGAUAGUGGAAUUAGAUAGAUUAUGGUCAUUGUCGCAGACCAAGGGAAAAUAUUGGCUCGAGAUAUAUUUUUCGUCCUUGUUAUGACAGGAAAUGGGGCUUGAGAAGGCUAAUCUUCAAUUUAUACGC